GUGCUAAUCGAUGUACAAUACUAUCCUUUUUCACCCACUGCUUCACAGCAGGUUUUUGAGAGGUAAGAGUGUGUCAGGAGGAAAAGCUCUGAAUCAAACCUGUCAGAAGUUAUUCCCAGGAAAUACCUCCAUCAGGACAGUCCCAAAAAGAAAAUUUCGAUGCCCUUGGAAAAUUUUCGCCGGCUUCAUCCUGCUCCUUGUUAUCGUUGUUAUGCCCCCUACUCUACUCCCCCAAGUGUUUUACUCUCCUGUUGAAGGAUUUAUUAUUUCCUUGGAUUGGAAAAUCAGGUUUUCGAAAGGCACAUAUAGAGAGACAGAAAUAAGGGAGCGAGGCAGAGUAGAGCUGCGUUUUCUGCCGUUUUCCCGGAAGCUUGAAAACAAAACAAAAAAGUUUCCAUCAAGCUGACAAUAUGAUGAAGAUUGUAAGGGAGCAUGAGUGAGGUCAGGUUAUUCCCCAUGAAGCGCCGCAUUGUUUCAGACGCUUCCACGAGGAGUUCUGAAGCUGGUGCCCUUCGGACGCCGGUCAAACGGCGGCAAGACAUUCCCCCGGCCAAGCGAAAAGAUGGCGGCAGUGCAGGCGAUUUCAUCAUUAAGGAUCCAUAUGAGAAACGUUCCCAUUCACCUGGGCUCAAGAAUCCUGGGGGAAAUGUCCCAGUUCCACCGCAGGCAGCUUUGGAAAGCAUGAGCAAGUUCUGGAAAUUUCUAGAAAGUGCUCAUGAUGGAAACAAAGGCUGGAGUGGGAUCUCCAAACUUGCAUGCUCUUUGCCUGAAAAUGAGUUCAAGGAUAAGUUGUGGAAGGCGUACCGGAACCAAGUGGUGCCCUUGGAGAUGGCGACCCCGACCUGCAGCAAGCUGUAUGGGGAAGUGUUGACGAAGGCGGACUUGGCGGCGGCGCCGCUCCUGAUGGUGGUGGCGCAGCACGAGCGCCUCCACAAGGACGCCUUUGUUGCCAAGCUCGUGGACGCCGACGUGUUCCCCACGGACGCCCCUUUUUGGGACACCAAAUUCGUGUUUGUCACGCAUGAGCAAAAUACGAGGACGCACAGGCCUACUCCGAGGCGCCCAAAUCGCGGAAAACUUCGUGAGGCAUUCUUCUGA